AGGAAACGGACGGCAUCGCAAAGACCUCGACUGAGCGACGAGCAAAAGCUGAAACGAUGAAGGUGACAGCCUGCCAAGUAGCCACCGUGGUGGUGCUUGCGAUGAUGUUGACUGCUCGGGGACAGGAGCCAGAGGCAGAGCCAGUGGCGCCGCCCGAAGCGCCGGCUGCUCACGAGGGCAACUUGGAGGAAGGAAUGGCCGAACUGAACAAAUUUCUAUCGGGAUUUUUCGGGCUUCUAGCCGGCCUGAGUGGCGUGCAGCCGGGAGGACUAGGCGAAGAUGCCGGCCUGGGUGGUGUGGAGCCAGGUGGACCAGGCGCUGAUGAUGACCUGGGUGGCGUGGAGCCGAGUGGACCAGGCGCUGAUGCCGGCCUGGGUGGCGUGGAGCCGGGCGGACCAAGCGCAGACAUCCGACUCGUGGGUGGAAGUAUUUCCAACAAGGGCAAGGUUGAAGUGUACCAUGACGGACAGUGGGGGACCGUCUGUGACGACGAUUUUGACAUGAACGACGCCAACGUGGUCUGCCGUCAGCUGGGAUACGGCAGAGCUGUGGAUGCCUUAUCUAAAUCUGCCUUCGGGUGGGGGUCAGGACCAAUCUGGCUGAGCGAAUUGGACUGCGAGGGUUCCGAGACACACAUCGAACAGUGCAGCCACAGCGGAUGGGGCAGACAUUACUGUAAUCACAAUGAGGACGCUGGUGUGGUUUGCACGGACGGCAUCCGACUCGUGGGUGGAAGUUUGUCCAGCGAAGGCAGGGUUGAAGUGUACCAUGACGGACAGUGGGGGACCGUCUGUGACGACGAUUUUGACAUGAACGACGCCAACGUGGUCUGCCGUCUGAUGGGAUACCCAAGCGCUACUGAGGUCCGAAAUGAAGCAGCGUUCGGGGCGGGGUCAGGUCCGAUCUGGUUGGACAACUUGGCCUGCGAGGGUUCCGAGACAAACAUCGAACACUGCAGCAACAACGGAUAUAGAAUACAUGACUGUUAUCACGGUGAGGACGCUGGUGUUGUCUGCUCGGAAGACAUUCUCCGACUCGUGGGUGGAAGUUCGUCCAGCGAGGGCAGGGUUGAAGUGUACCAUGACGGACAGUGGGGGACGGUUUGUGACGAUGGUUUUCACAUGAACAACGCAAACGUGAUCUGCCGUCAGCUGGGAUACGCAAGUGCUGUGGAGGCCCGACCUGAAGCAGCCUUCGGGGCGGGGGCAGGCCCGAUCUGGCUGGACAGCUUGGACUGCAAAGGUUCCGAGACAAACAUCGAAGACUGUAGCCACAACGGAUGGGGCAAACAUAACUGUGAACACGGUGAGGACGCUGGUGUGGUCUGCUCGGACGAUCAACACUAACCGGGAGCGUGUGAUGAGAAGAAACCAAAAUACAUCCGGUUCAUCAGCCACACGUGUUUAAGACCCUGGAUAAUUGCAUGUAAAGCUAAGGGCAUAACCCGCCGUACGUGCAAUUUGUCAGUACGUUUUUU